UGAUUGCUGAUGAUGUGACUCUGGACUGCAGUUAGAUGGAAACGAUGCUCACUUGCCGUUCCACCAAGAUCCAUGCGUGGCCUUCAGUCAACGUCGCUCGAAUAAUACAAGCUCAAUACUCUGACUGCAGUGAUCAUUCAACUUGACGACUUUCACGUGUGGGGACUUUGCAAGCCUUUUCUCUCUCAGACCAGCACUCAGAUCGGCGAUUGCAACACCACGGAACAUUCAGCAAGCUCACUGGUUCGCCGCGACCUUGCGCAACGAUCAUUCACUCUACUUACUCUAGCUACUGGCCGGCGUGGAAAUCUCGAUUAUUCGCUUGUCCUCUCGCCCUCAUCUGCCGAACAGACCUUUGCUGCUGAUCGCGGCCAGCAGCACGUAUCUCAACGAUGCUUCUUGGACUGUUUGGCGACAGCCAAUCGCCUUCGGUCAAGAUCGAUUGGUCGCUCUACGGCGGAGCCGAGUCAACACAUCCACCAGCGCGCACAACAGCUUCCUACGCCUCGUCUUCACGCUCCGCAUCCGCGUCUGUUUCGGAUGACUCGACUUCGGACUACGAAGUGGAUGCUAGCUUGCCAUCCCUUUCGCGCUACCGAGCCCGCCUCAGAGGGGAUCAGAGCGAUACGACCGUCUCUGAUGCGGAAGAUGAUACCAAGCCACCCCCCACCACUUCGACUGGCAUUGGAGAGCGACUGCUGAAGAACGAGGCCGGACUGGCAUGGUUGCCGCCCAUUUCUGACCCGCAAGAUGGGGCGGACUUUCUUUGGUUGUUGACCGAAGAGCCUCAUCGUUCGAGACGAAAAGCGAUCCUCGCGGCGCACCCCGAGAUCAAAAGAUUGAUGGGUCACGAACCUUGGACAAAAUGGAUCUCGUUGGCGGUCUUGCUGCUCCAAGUAGGCAUGGCCUUGACGAUGGGAUUCCUGCAAGUACAUCCGCUCAAUUGGAAGUUCUUGCUGGCUGCUUAUGUGAUCGGGGGAACUGCGAACCAGAACACUUUCCUGGCCAUCCAUGAGAUUACUCACAAUCUGGCCUUCAGAAGCAUUCAAGCUAACAAAUGGUGGGCGAUUCUGGUCAAUUGCGCCAUUGGCGUGCCCUACGCUAUGUUGUUCAAACCCUAUCACAUCGAGCACCACAAGCAUCUGGGAGAAGAAGGUAUGGACACGGAUCUCCCCACCAAGCUGGAGCUGCUUUGUCUCAAGAAUGUGCUUGGCAAAGCCUUCUUUGCCACCUUUCAAAUUUUCUUUUACGCUUUGCGCCCGGGAUUCGUCAAAGCGCAAAAGCCCACAGUGUGGUUGUUUGCCAAUUUUGCGGUGCUUCUGGCGUUUGACUUUGCCUUGAUUCAGACUGCUGGGUGGUAUGCCAUGUUCUACCUGCUGGAGAGCAGCUUCUUUGCUGGUAGCCUUCAUCCCUGCGCUGCUCACUUCAUUGCCGAGCAUUACAUGUUCGCCGGCGUCCAAAUGGAGACGUGGAGCUAUUAUGGUCCGCUGAAUGCGCUGGCGUACAAUGUCGGCUACCAUAAUGAGCACCACGAUUUUCCAUCCAUACCUUGGUCUCGCUUGCCAGCGCUGCGAGCGGCAGCGCCGGAGUUCUACGACGUCUUGCCAUGCCACACCAGCUGGCCUCUCGUCACUGUGCAGUUCAUACUGGGCACAGAUUCUGGUCUGUACGCGCGCAUCAAGAGACUCUCGAAGAAGGCGGGGUGCAAGGCUCUCGAGGGAGCCAAAGAAGCCGUCGGCGCUGCUGGUGGACCGACAGACGUUCAGGUUUCUAAUGAUAUGGCCCACAAAGCUCAGAAGCAGCACGACAAGAAUGCUUGAGGCUAGUGUCCAUCUACCAUCGUGAAUGC